AAGCCACUUUCUCCCUCCCAAACUCGAGCAGUUCUCCCUGGAGGAAGCCUCCACUGACUGCGCGCGUCUUUCCCUUAAAUAAACACGCAGCCUAAGUCUAUUAGGACAGGAUUUAAAUUAAACAAGCGAUGUAGCGCGGAUUAACGGAUCUUAUCCCAGUCGACGCCAUGGGGAACGCGUGAGAUUUUGGUGCGUAAGUCCAAAAGACGCGAGUAUGGCGUCGGCGCAAGGGCUCCUCCACAGCGUCUUCUCCUGCUCGUCCCCGGCUUCCAGGAGCAUUAACAAGCGGCGGCUGCGCCAAACCCGCAGUUUAGACCCGGCUAUAAUCCGCAGCUGCGACGCCGACUCUGAUUUACCGCGAGACGAGCUGUCGGAGAGAAGGAGCGACGAGUCGGUCGCGUCCCAAAUCGACACGCAGCCGCACUCCAAGCUCACGACGGCGACGCUCAGACGGACGCACCAGCUGUUGUCGCCAUCCCUCUCCACUCCCGCAACACCUCACGAUACGUCGCCGUCUUCAAACUUUCAUUUUGAUUAUGACUUUAAAAGCGGGAAGAGGAACACGGCUUGGGAUUUGCCCUUCCUCGCCAAUUCGGGGGGCACUUCGGGCACCAUCUUCUCCCCUAGAAAGUGGCUUCAGAAAAAAGCGCAGCAUUCAACUGCUCACGAGUACGUCGUCUGGAGAUCGGAGGGUGAUUUCACUUGGAAUAGCCUGUCCGGGAGGAGUGUGCGUCUUAAACCGGUGUCCAUUCAGAGCCUGUCGGAGCUAGAGAGAGCCAGACUACAGGAGGUUGCCUACAACCGUCUCCACCAGGACUAUGACCUGGGCUGCCAGAUCACCAUCCCUAAAGAUUGCCAGAAGAGGAAGAAGUCACUACGGAGGAAGCUGGACUCCUUAGCCAAGGAAAAGAACAAAGACAAAGAAAACGCCCCACAGGCGUUUGGCAUCUCCUUAUCACAGGUGAUCACCAACGACCGAACCCAGCGUCAGCGUCAAGAGGGUCAGAGGGAGGAGCAGAGAGACUCGAGUGACUUGGUGUCGUCCAUCCUGCAGUUUGCUACGCGCCGACCCACUAAGGAGCUUUCCAGCAGCAACUCAUCGCUCAGCUCCACCUCAGAGACGGCCAACGAGUCCACGUCAUCCAACACGCCCGAAGCCGCACCCCGUGCUCGCAGGAGGGGCGGCAUGUCUGUGGACUCCAUCACGGAUUUGGACGACAAUCAAUCACGUCUGCUGGAGGCCCUGCAGCUCUCGCUGCCGGCUGAGACAGCCAGCAAGAAGGAGAAGCAGCAGGACAAGAGGCUGAGUCUAAACCCCAUCUACAGGCAGGUGCCACGUGUGCUGGACAGCUGCUGCCAGCACCUUGAGAAGUAUGGUCUACAGACGGUGGGGAUAUUUCGAGUGGGCAGCUCAAAGAAAAGAGUGAGGCAGCUGCGGGAGGAGUUUGACCGUGGUGUGGACGUGCAGCUGGAUGAGGAACACAGUGUCCAUGACGUGGCCGCGCUUCUGAAGGAAUUCCUCCGGGACAUGGCUGACCCGCUGCUCACCAAAGAGCUCUACACUGCCUUCAUUAACACCACAUUGCUGGACCCAGAAGACCAGCAGUUAGUCACACAGCUGCUCGUGUACCUGCUGCCGCCUUGUAACAGCGACACCCUGCAGCGGCUGCUGGAGUUUCUGCACAUCGUGGCUCAGCACGCUCAAAACGGAUACGACAAAGAUGGACAGGAGGUUACAGGAAACAAGAUGACGUCAAUCAACUUGGCCACCAUCUUUGGGCCAAACCUGUUGCACAAACAGAAAAGUUCAGAUAAAGAGUUCAGCGUUCAGAGCUCAGCCCGGGCCGAGGAGUCCACGGCCGUCAUCGCUGUGGUACAGAGGAUGAUCGCCAGCUAUGAAGAGCUUUUCAUGGUGUCUGCAGACUUGCAGAACGAGGUGCUGAUGAACCUGCUGGAGACAGAUCCUGACGUGGUGGACUACCUCUUACGACGCAAGGCAUCACAAAGUGCUGAGUUAUUAAAUUCGGAGGCAUCCCUCUCCCUGAGCGAGUGCCGAUCGUCCAGCGACUCCAACAAAGCGUCCAGUGGCGAAGUCUCUCCCUAUGACAACAACUCGCCUGUGCUGUCUGAGAGGAGAGGGGGAGACCUGGCCAAAGAGGGUGAAGUCCAUUGUGGACGAGUCCUCAGCACAGAGCAGCUCUUCUGCGUCCCGGAACAGUACAGCCUGGUGGGACAGGUGACCGGACGCAGCAGGGACACUUUGUCGAAUAUCUGGUCCCCAACAAAGGAAGAUCAUGCUAACAUCUGGGGUGCGUGGCACACGACGCUGAAGCCAGGAUUGCAAGAACAUCCUUAUACAGGCUCUUGUGGCAACAUAUCCGAAGGAAGCUCUCGCAGCUCCAGGGACGGAACCGACGAUCGGACACCGCCCACUGUAAGCAGAGCAAAUUUCCCACAAGGCACCGCAGGGCCUCACACAGGCCUCAACCUGAACCUGAAACCCAAUGGCCAAUUACAAUCCAGCAGCUCAGAGGACCUCCCUGUCUGCAGCCCCCUUAGCACACCAAGCCCCACCCUUCACCCCAAACCCACCAAUAGGAAUGAAGCACGUCCUCCACCUUACAGACAUUCCAGAUUAACACCCUCAGUAGUUUCGUCUAAUUCAAUCCCGUCGCAGUCUCAGCAGCACCCCCAGCAGCUCGGGAAGACCAGCAACCAGAACUCAUCCUCAUCGACAGGCACACGCAUGCCCACCAGCUCAGAAUGGCAAGACUGGCAGAGGGACAGGUGGCACAUCUGGCAGCUGCUGUCUUCAGACAAUGCUGACACGCUACCUGAGACACUGGUAUGAUUAAAGGAAUUCAGCAUGUUAAUAUACAGGAACCACUGCCUUAUGCGUGUUAUGUACAGACUUAUGAACAGGUUUUGAUGCUAAGCUCCUCGUUCUUCUCUGACGGUAAUCAAGCAGUGGAGCCAAUUUGCACUGCAGAAGCCAGUAGAGGUGCAAGGAGGAUUCCAGGCUCACUAAACUGAAACCACAGCUCACUAAACUGACAGUGCACCCGGUGUCAUAUCUAUUCUAUUCCAAAAAACAAAAAAACAAAAGAUGGCCUUGCUCAUGUUCGCUUGCUAGUUCCGCUUGGAAACUCACUUUCGCUUGGGAAGCCAACAUUACUGCCUCUACACCAGGUACCUAAAAUUCUCAAACAAACACAAACAAAAGAUAAUGUAAGAUCAUUGACAUUUUUUAUGGAUAAAUACACUAUUCUCCGACUUUUACGUAUCUGCUUACAGUCACUUCCUUUAAAAAACAAACAAAAAAAAAGUUACAUGUUUGCACUGAAUCAUAUGACAUGGGGUCAUUUACCUUUACAAGCUCAACUCCUUUUUGUGUAUAUACAAAAAUAAGAAUAUUGCCAAAACAAAAGCUGCUAAAUCAAAUGUAUACAAAGAGAUUUGUUCUUACCUCCAGCACAGUAAGGAUACCAGGACAAUGAGAUGCCAUUUUGUAUUAAUUAAGGAUGUGUAUGCCUUUUGAUAGAAUAACGCAUGAGUCGAAUUGUAUAGCAUUUCAUAACGGACGUUAACAUUUUUGGAGCCGCGGGUUCCUCUCUGGCCCAGAUGCUAACAUAUACAGUACAGUAUGUCGAAUUAGUGCGGUUAUGAGAGAAAGUCACUUCUCCUGUACAACAGCAAGGUUUAUACAGUAUAAUGCACUGCUAAAGUACCGUGGAUGUAAUGGCAAGUUUAUGAACAUCUGCUUGUAAUGAAUAUGUAAUAAAAUACAUUUAUAUUUUAUAUUUUAAGUUGAAGUUUUAAAGCUAAAUACCCUCAACACUUUAUCUAUCCAUUUAUCCUCUGCCAAGAUUAACAGUACGUGCUAUGUUGACUUACGUUAAUCAUUAAUGAACAGAUUACCACAUAGGCAGUUAGCUAUCUGUAAUGACUUUGUCCUUUCUAUCACUGUCUUCUCUGUGUACACUUCCCCAACCUAUACUGUCUGUUACGCUUUACUCUCGAAAAGCAAUCCUCUAAGUCAAACGUUUCAAUCAAACGCUGGUGCUUUUUGGUGUUCACUUUUUUCCCCAUAGCACUUAGAGGAAUAUCAGUUCUCCAGACGAACACGUUUUAAAAUGUCCUAAAAAAAAAAAAAGACAACCUGCUUAUAUGGAAUAGAUUGUGCCUUUAAUACAUUUAGCAAAUUCAGACUAGAAAUACAAUUUUUUUGGUUGAUUCCAGUUACAUCCUUUGGUUCAGAAGGAACAAAAGCUGAAGCCAAUAUAGAUUUGGCAUCUCUUGCACUUUUCCUCUUUUUAUUCGACUGUUGGUUUAAUUAAAUGGUUACAGAAUGUUGUGAUGUGAUGUUUCAUAAUCUGGGUAAAGGAAAAAAAUGCUAAUAGAGAAAUUAUGUCUGAAAAUUAAAUAUUACAAACCUUGAAAUGAUUAAAUCGUACAAAAACUCAAAUAACUGACUAAAGAUUUUGACUAAAAAAACUUUCAUAAGAAUCAAAUAAUUCACAAAAAUAUCAGGUCAGUUGUUUGUGUCGAUGGACGAGAGGACGGGAUUAUCAGUCGCUGUUUAUUUCUGUGCUUUCAUCUAUAAUUAAUCCUACAAAAUCAAAUGGACUGAAUCUAAUCAGAAUUCCUAUGAAUUCCUAUGGCACUAUUUUCAAUUCAUUUCACACACACACUGUAUUUCAGGAUGAAAACCUGAGCGUUAAAUUCCCUACCCUUUCCCUAUAAUUCUUUUAAUAUUUCCGUGUGUAUGUGUGUGUACGGUCUUUUAUCAGUCAACAUUAAAGCAAAUUGUCCCUUACUGUAUAUUGUGAGCAAGUGCAGUAUCAUCAGUGCUUGGUAGAAGGAAUGAGAAUUAUUUAUUUGCAUCAAUCCAUUCGCACACCCUAUAUCGUGACACCCUAUACCAUGACACACACACACACACACACACACACACACACACACACACACACACACACACACACACACACACACACACACACACAAGCAUUGUCUUCAAUCAGCAGGUAAAGCUAAACAGAGCAUACUAAUAUCCCUAUACUGCAAUGUUUACUUUAUUUAAAUUACCGUUUAUUCCCACUUUUGUUUUAAAUUACCAGUGACAUUUGUUUCAAACAUUUAAACCGGUUACUUACAGCUCAACACAACUCCCUUUUGAUAUUAAACAUCAGUCGUAUUACCUUGAAUGCAUUUUCCAUUCACUCUUAUGAUUGGUAACUUGUCAUAUACAGUAUGAUCAUAGAAUUUCUUAUCACAUUUAUUCACACUUAGCUUUGAGUCGAGCCCAAUGAUAUUCCAAACUCAGACUGCAAACUACAGAGUUCAGAGAAUUGCAUAGGAUUUGCUUAAAACACAUUGUACAUUGAAUUAUGUGAACUUAUUUCUUCUCUUUAACUCAAGGUCAAUUUUAUGAAUUGGAGUAUUUCAUCGUCUUGACUAGUUGUGAGUUGAAAUAAAGCUUAUCUUCAAAGUUUAGGUUACUCAUGUGUUUAUGGCAGCAGGUGAUCUUUCCUCUCUACGUUUAAACCAUGAAAUGUCUUACAGUGUACGUGUACGUAAUUUUAAUCAGCAGCAAAUUUAAUGAACCUGGAAAGUCACCUUAAGCAGCUUCAUAUCCUGACUACAGGUUAUUUUAACAAUAUAGAAAUAAAGUGCCAGGAGUAUACCUUGUUAAAAUCUAAAUCUAACCUAUUAGCUGCUCGUAUGAAUUGAUCAUAGUGCUAUCACACACCUCUCGGUCAGAUUUCAUCAUUUUUCUUUCCAUUUAAUAACUUUCACAGCAAAUUAAAUCAUAAAUCCUGCAUUCUAGGCUUCUAAUGAUAUCUAUUCUAAUACAUUUGUUGGAAAUAGCAGUAGCUGUUCAAGAGAAAAGGCUCCAAAGGUCCUAAAAAGUGCUUUGAAUAUUGUUUUCACACCAGGUUCUUCUUCAGCCAUAAUGAAAAUUCUGUCCGAAGUUUAGUCACCGCACUUUGCCUUCCCGCUGCAGAGCUUUCAUGUUAAUUUGAUUUCUGAGCUUUUCUAUUAGUUUUGUUAUUAUGGGAGAACUCUUAAUUUGCAUUUAAAAUUUGGUUAUAAUUAUGUCAUGAUGUUGUAAUCCAUGACUCAAAUAUAAUGUAUAAAUAUGUUAUAAAUUCAAUAUUAGGAUCGUAAUAAGGAAUCGUUUGUACUUCAUGCCGAAAAUGCUUUUCGUAUGUUCUGACAUUUGCUGUGAAGCUUGCUUUGGUAUUUUAUUUGUACUUUUUUUUUUAAAUUUGUUUUUCAUUUUUGUUUAUUUGUUUUCCCAGCAAGUCUCAAAGAAUAAAUGAGAGCAAGUUUUGA